AUGAGGACAUCACACUCAUCAGUAUUGCUGGAGGAGUCGAGACCAGAAAGGGAACCUUCUGACAGUGCAAGUGCAUCAACUGCAACUACUUCUUCAGGUGCAAUUAUAUCAACUCUAACUGCUUCUUCAGCUGCCACAACGUCUGCCCCCAUUCCUACAUCCCAGCCUGGAUCCCACCCUCCUGCAUCUACAACCCACAGCUCAAUCAAGCAAUUCCUGCAGAAGUCUCUAACUCCAGCAAGACAGAAUGCAAUUGACGAGGAGCUUGCCAAGAUGGAGGCACGUGAUUUCCAGCCCUUUUCAAUUGUAGAGGAUGUCGGAUUUAGGAGUUACAGCCAUGCCCUCAAUCCCAUGUAUGUCGUCCCCAGCCGAAAAACCCUGUCCCAAAAAAUAAUCCCAGGCCUAUAUGAGGCAGCAAGGGCAUCUUUGCAAGAAAGGGUGAAGAGAGCCUCAGCUGUAUGCUUGACCACUGACUGCUGGACAUCCCGCGCCACCACAUCUUUUAUGUCUGUCACCUGCCACUUCAUUGAAAACUACAGUAUGGUGUCAUCUCUGCUAGACUGCUUUGAGUUUAGUGACAGACACACCUCUGAAAACUUGGCUGAAGAGCUCCUCCGAGUUGCAAGAGAGUGGGGGGUGGAACACAAAGUGGUAUGCUGCGUCACAGACAAUGCAGCCAACAUUACGAGAGCCAUCCAGCUGUUGAAAGGGACACACCAUCCAUGCCUAGCACACACCAUUAAUCUAUUUGUAAGAAAUGCUCUGAGGGCUAUGAAGCCCACUGUGGACAAAGUGAAGGCAAUAGUGGAAUUUUUCCACCGAAGCACAGCAGCCACCCAAAAGCUUAAAUCCACCCAGCGACAGAUGUCUAUGGUAGAGCUUAAGCUCAAACAGGAGUGUGUCACCCGCUGGAAUUCUACAUUCCAUAUGAUCCAGCGAAUGCUCAAAUCAAAGGAUGCGGUUAUCGCAACAUUGUCAGUCAUCAAUGCACCUGUGGUUUCCUCUCAGCCAAGAGGAGUGGGAGGCUCUGCAAGAGGCCUGCAGUGUCCUGGAGCCCUUCGACCAGGUCACAGUGGAGAUCAGCGCAGAGAGGAGCUUCCUUUUGAGAUGUACAAGUCUACUAAGGGCAAGCGGCUUAUUGUCAGGUAUGUUACCGCCUCCAGAAUGCUGAUACUGUGUAGGGGUCUUCAGAGAGUGACAGUAGAGCAUCAGAGCAGAGUAACCACAGAGAGCGUGAAGGAGUUGGUGAAUUCUCUCUGUUCUAGCAUGGACAAAAAAUUCCACCGGAUGGAGUACAACACAAUUCUGUCCGAAACCACCAUCCUUGACCCCCGUUUCAAAAAGGUGGCCUUUAAUGACAAACAAGCAGUCGACGAAGCUCUCCAAAGAAUAACUACAGCAGCAUUAAGGUAUGGGCAGUCAUCUCACCUGCAAGGGGGUCAUGGAGGAGAGGAGGCAGCAGCAGCACGUGAGCUGGAGGAGCCUCAAGCAUCGGCUGUUUGGAGGUUUUUUGAGGAGCGGGCAAGCAGAGACACUGCAACCAGGAAUCCUACAGCUGAUGCUAUUCUGGAGGUGAGGUCCUACCUUGAGGAGCCUCUUUUCCAGCGCAGUGCUGACCCACUGAGCUGGUGGGAGACAAGGACACUGAUCUAUCCACAUCUCUCUCAUGUGAUGGAACGUAGACUGUGCAUAGUGGCAACAUCCGUCCCCUCAGAGAGGAUCUUCUCUAAAACUGGACAGAUCAUAACUGAGAGAAGGAACAGGAUCAGCCCCGCCAAGCUUAGACACCUGGUGUUUCUCAAUGCCAAUCUGUAA